CUCUGACUCUCUCCCCGUCGUCGUCAUCGUCAUCGUCGUUCGUCGUCGUCGUCUCCCCUUUCCACGGCCGCAUCCCAUUCCCCACCCAACCUGAAAGCGACGCCGCCGCAGCGCACACGCAGGAGGCAGCAGCAAAGCGAGGAGGGGAGGAAACCCUCCCCCCGCGACAGCAACGGGCGGUCGCUUCCAGUGACCUAAGCCUCCCCCUCCCCCCCUCGCGCGCGCUUCCCUCCCCUUCGCCUUUUUGUCUCCUCCGCCCCUUAUGACCUCUUCCUCCGCCCCAAACCCUAGCCCCCUCGUCCCCACCCCCACCCCCUCUCCCCCCACCGCCAACGCCGCCGCCGCCGCCGCCGGAGCCGUGCCCGUCUCCUCGCCGACGCCGCCGCCCAAGGAUCAGCAGCAGGAGGGCCAGGGGGGUGGAGGAGGAGUGGGGGAUGGGGGUGGAGUGGAGGAGGUGGGCGUAGGGGGAGGCGAGGCCAUGGAGGUGGAUGGUGGCGCGGGAGGUGGUGGUGGGGGGGUUGGGGAUGUGGAGGGGGGUGGGGGUGGUGGUGGUGCGGGGGGAGGAGGAGGUGGAGGUGGAGGUGGGCAGCAGGCGUCGCCGGCGACCGUGUUCCGGAUCCGGCUCAAGCAGCCGCCCUCGAGCCUCCGCCACAAGAUGCGCGUGCCCGAGCUCUGCAGGAACUUCAGUGCAGUUGCUUGGUGCGGGAAGCUCAAUGCAAUUGCAUGCGCAUCAGAGACUUGUGCACGCAUACCAAGCUCUAAUUCAAGCCCACCAUUUUGGAUUCCCAUACACAUUCUAAAUCCAGAGAGACCAACAGAAUGUUCUGUUUUCAAUGUGAAAGCAGAUUCUCCACGCGACUUUGUUCAAUUCAUUGAAUGGUCUCCUCGAUCAUGCCCUCGUGCAUUACUGGUGGCAAAUUUUCAUGGAAGGAUUACUAUAUGGACACAGCCAACUAAGGGUCCUACUAAUCUUGUACGUGAUGCCAGUUCCUGGCAAUGUGAACACGAAUGGCGUCAAGAUCUUUCGGUGGUGACUAAGUGGUUGUCAGGAAUUUCUCCGUAUAGAUGGCUUCCUGCAAACUCUAGUACUUCAUCAAACUUGAAAACCUUUGAGGAAAAGUUCCUUACCCAGCAGCCUCAAAGUUCGGCUGGGUGGCCAAACAUUCUAUGUGUCUGUUCAGUUUUUUCAUCGGGUUCUGUUCAGCUUCAUUGGUCACAAUGGCCUUCUCAAAACUCAGCACAACCUAGAUGGUUUUCUACUAGCAAAGGGCUUUUAGGAGCAGGGCCAAGCGGCAUAAUGGCUGCUGAUGCUAUUAUUACUGAAACUGGAGCAUUACAUGUUGCUGGUGUUCCCCUUGUUAAUCCAUCUACUGUAGUGGUUUGGGAGGUGAUGCCAGGCCUUGGCAAUGGUAUUCAGGCAACUGCAAAGAUAAAUGCAACAAGCUCUCUUCCUCCAUCACUAAAUCCCCCACUCUGGGCUGGUUUUGCUCCACUUGCAUCUUACCUCUUCUCUUUGCAAGACUACCUUGUUUCCGAGGGCGCACAGACAAAAAAACAGGCACAGGUAGAUAAUGAGACCACUGAGGUAGCAUCGAUCCAUUGUUGUCCAGUUUCCAACUUUUCAGCUUACGUCAGUCCUGAAGCUGCUGCCCAGUCAGCCACUACCACAACAUGGGGAUCUGGGGUUACCUCAGUUGCUUUUGAUCCCACUCGAGGGGGAUCAGUUAUUACAGUUGUAAUAGUUGAAGGGCAGUACAUGUCUCCUUAUGAUCCUGAUGAAGGACCUUCCAUCACUGGAUGGAGAGUCCAGUGCUGGGAAUCUUCAGUCCAACCUGUUGUUCUUCAUCCAAUAUUUGGAAGCCCUGCAAACUUUGGUGGACAGCCACCUACACAGACUGUUUGGUCCACAAGAGUUAACAAAAGCAUCCCACCAUCUGAGGACCUUAAGAACCCUCAAUCAUAUGUUCCAAUGCCAACAACUUCAGAUGAGCGGAGUUCUUCUGAGUGCAGUGUUGACAGGGCGAACCGACUUAGCUUUGACCCUUAUGAUCUUCCAAAUGAUGUCAGACAAUUGGCCCAAAUAGUUUAUUCUGCUCAUGGUGGUGAGGUUGCAGUUGCAUUCCUGCGUGGAGGUGUGCACAUUUUUUCAGGUCCAAACUUUGAACAGGUUGAUAGCUAUCAUGUCAAUGUUGGCUCAGCAAUUGCUCCACCAGCCUUCUCCUCCAGUGGUUGUUGCUUGGCAUCAGUAUGGCAUGACACACUCAAAGAUCGAACCAUACUAAAGAUAAUACGUGUGCUUCCUCCUGCAAUUCUUAAUGCUCAGACAAAGGUUAGCUCAGCUGUUUGGGAACGAGCAAUAGCAGAUAGAUUUUGGUGGAGUCUAUUGGCUGGUGUGGAUUGGUGGGAUGCUGUUGGCUGCACACAAAGUGCUGCUGAAGAUGGUAUUGUCUCACUGAACAGUGUGAUAGCUUUGCUGGACGCGGACUUCCAUUGUCUUCCAACUAUACAACAGAGGCAACAACACUGUCCUAAUCUUGAUAGGAUAAAGUGUAGAUUGUUGGAAGGAACAAAUGCUCAAGAUGUCAGAGCACUUGUGUUGGACAUGCAAGCAAGAUUGCUUCUGGAUAUGCUUGGCAAGGGAAUUGAGUCUGCCCUGAUAAAUCCAUCAACUCUGCUACCUGAACCGUGGCAAGCUUCCAGUGACAUGUUAUCUAGCAUUGGGCCUGACAAAAUGACUGUUGACCCAGCUCUACUUUUAAGCAUCCAGGGGUACGUUGAUGCUGUUCUAGAUUUAGCGUCACAUUUUAUCACACGCUUGCGACGCUAUGCGAGCUUCUGCCGAACUUUGGCUAGCCAUGCAGUUGGAGCAUCUUCUGGUUCAGGCAAUUCUAGGAAUAUGGUUACAAGUCCAACCAACAGUUCUCCUUCACCUUCAACUAACCAAGGUAAUCAAGGUGGAGUAGCGUCUACAACAGGGAGCUCACAAAUGCAAGAGUGGGUCCAAGGUGCCAUUGCUAAGAUUAGUAACAAUACUGAUGGUGCUGCAAAUGCUGCACCAAAUCCAAUUAGCGGGAGGUCAUCAUUCAUGCCUAUUAGCAUAAAUACGGGAACAUUCCCUGGCACACCAGCUGUUAGACUUAUUGGGGACUGCCAUUUCCUUCAUAGAUUAUGUCAGCUGUUGCUAUUUUGUUUGCUUUUUCGGAGAAGGCAAUCUCCAAGGAUACCUGCAAAUGCACAAAAAAGUUCUGAUUCUAGCAUGCAGAAACAACACUUGAUGAACAGUAAGACAGAGGAUAAUACUUUGGCAGUCAGAUCUGGUCUAGGUGCUGCCAAAUUGGAAGAUGGCACAACUUCACGUGGACAGAUGGUUGGAGCAAAGGGUGCUGAAGAAAAUCCAGUGGGCAACAAAUCUGCUAGGAUAGGUUCUGGCAAUGCUGGCCAAGGUUAUACUUCAGACGAGGUGAAAGUCCUUUUUCUCAUAUUAGUUGACCUAUGUAAACGGACUGCAACCUUGCAACAUCCGUUGCCUUCUUCUCAGGUUGGUUCGAGCAAUAUUAUUAUAAGGCUGCAUUACAUCGAUGGCAAUUACACUGUGCUCCCUGAGGUAGUGGAAGCAUCUCUUGGCCCUCAUAUGCAGAAUAUGCCUCGUCCACGUGGAGCUGAUGCUGCUGGCCUUCUACUUCGAGAAUUAGAACUGCAGCCCCCUGCUGAAGAAUGGCAUAGACGCAACAUGUUUGGUGGGCCAUGGUCAGAACCAGAUGAUCUUGGUCCAUUGGAUAAUACGCGACAGCUAAAAAUCAAUGGCUCUACCAAUCGCCACUUAUCGGACAUGGAAGAGGAUGGCGACAGCUCCUUUGGGAUUCAAAAUCUUUGGCCAAGAAAGCGCCGGUUGUCUGAAAGAGAUGCAGCAUUUGGUCUGAAAACAUCCGUGGGGCUGGGAUCUUUUCUAGGUGUGAUGGGUUCUCGGAGAGAUGUUAUUACAGCUGUGUGGAAAACAGGCCUCGAAGGUGAAUGGUACAAGUGCAUACGAUGUUUGAGGCAAACCUGUGCAUUUGCUCAGCCUGGUGCUCUAGCUCCGAACACGUCGAAUGAGCUUGAGGCAUGGUGGAUCAGCCGAUGGACCCAUGCUUGCCCAAUGUGCGGUGGGACAUGGGUGAAAGUCGUUUGAAUUUGACGCCUCCGGGCGACACCUUCACCGUACUAACCACUCUGCCAAUAGCUUUCUCGGCCAAAUCUGUGUAGGCGCCAUCGGUUUUUGGACAAUUUUGUAUCUAACUUUAGAUUGUUUGGUCUCAGGCCCUCCCUGGUAUGGUAUCAUAGUUUACCUGCAGCAGUCAGAGCAGAUUGCACCAGCAGCUGUGUAAAACGGUAGGAAAAAACAGGAUUAGGACAUGCCCAAACACUGUCAGAGUCAGCAGUUGUGUUGUGCGAUCCUUUUGUACAUAAAUGUAGUGUACUAAUUUGCAACAUUGGAAAAGAAACUCCGUUAGAUACUGCUUGAUGUCAAUAAUAUUUGCUGGUGAUUGAAAAGACCAUGUAUGUAAUAGCAUGUUCAAUUGGGUGUUUCUCUCA